GUUAAACAACUUUCUUUAGUGUGGAAUACAUAGAUAUCUUGACUCUUGUCGUAGAAAAUUACAUUAGCAGCCUUCAAUGACGCAAAUUAUAUAGAUAUUAACCAGCCAGAGUUGUAUUAGCGCUUCGCUGUAUUUGCGUAGUGCAUCUGAAACCUUUCAACACCUACGUACUAACAAGUAACCUACAAGCCUAGCUAGUCCAUUAUACCACUUUUAGACAAUAGCUGCCCGAUAUUUUCUAUUAUCCCCUUGUUCCAGUCAUAAAGCCACUCCAGAUCAACCAUGGCAGCAAAGCGUGUUCGUAUUCCGCGCGAAUUAAUAUUGAAUUAUCCGCGUGGCUUGGACUUGGAUCUCCCUCCCGACUUGGCAGCCAAAAUCCCGGCUAACUUGGAUUUGCUACCCCCAAAUCGGUUGCUUCAACUUUACAAUGAUCUAAUUGACUUCCCACAUGCUUUAAUAGAGAUUACGCUCAGGCGGCCGGAGCUCUUCCUCUCCGAUAAGGUAAACAUCGCUCGAAUAAACGCCGCGGAGGUGGUAAAAGAUACGAAGCGAAGGCCACUGUUCAGCAGUGUGAUCGAGCAUCCGGGAACGCCGCUCUGGCUCGUCCGCAUGUUCAUGAACGAGCUGGAGACUAUGAGUGAAGGGUCUAUCAACGCCGUCUUCCCCGAGUCGUGGAAGCUGGAGCCGCCCCUCCAUACAGCUGUCAGGUCGGGCAGACCGGACGUCGUGGAGCUGCUCUUACAGCAUCCUAACAUCAACGCUAACAUGGUAUACGAUAGCGGGGAAAUAGAUCGCCCUGGACUUGAGGACUGUCCGCAGAAGGGCUUUCCACAUACUGACCCGUGUGUCUCACAAAGUCCACGGUGUAGCGCUUGCCGCUCGGCGGUCGAAUACGGCGUAGAUGAGUUCUCGCGGCGUCCCAUCGACUCAGAACUGAGCAGAAAUAUCGAAAGCUGCACGAUGACUAUCGUAGCCUUUGGUAUGUUUCCCAGUCCUCUCGAAAGCAACACUCAAACCGUUGAUAAGAACUUCGCCAUGGCAGUCAAGCGGGGUAUGAAUAGAUAUGUGAUGGCCGUGUUGGAGAGACUCAUAAUACCGACCGUAGAGCCCUAUGCAACCAAUCUGAUAAACGGCGGACUGGAGAACAUUUUCAAGUGCGCUGCCAUGGGCGUGGAUGAUAACCCGGUACUCCAGGAUCUCAUUGAUUUCGCAUGCGAUCUCGAUAUCCCUCUUUUACCCAUCGAUCCACGGGUGGUUGGCGGCCAACACGCCCUCGAAAGAGCUAUUACUUGUCCAGAAUCUAAUAAGCCGAAGAACGCCAUUAUCAUACUCCAAUCGCUUCUCCGGCUUACAUCCUUUGCCAUCCCCAAGCCAACGCAGACAACCAACGCUGGGGAAACCGGGACCAGGACUGCGAAAGGAAUGACAGCGGUGGAAUACAUCUCUUUUCUGUUCGAAAACUCGCCGUUCAACAGAAUCGUGGGGAGCGACGAUGGCAAUCACGAGUACUUUGUGGAACAUUUCCGAUUCAUCAGACACCUAUUAAACCGGGAUAACAUGUCGAAAACGUGCAAGGCGAGGCUUGAACAGGCGAGGGAGGAGAUGGCCAACUUCGCAAUUCAACAGUUUGAACGCCACGAAGCACCGCUUAACACCAUCUAUGCCGUUCACCAUGGAUUCGCCACGGUUCCGGCGUUGAAAACUGCCUUGGAGGCUGGCAACUUCACGGCUGUCAGCGCUGUCAUUGACGUCCGGAUCCAGAAGGGCGAGUGCAUGGAACAGAGCGCCAUCGCCACGGACGCCACUUUCCUGGAAAGCGCCGUGAAAAGGAACAUGGUACCGAUCAUCUUGAAACUAGUCGGCGCGGGGGCCGACCCGUCCAAGGUAGGCAGGAGUGCGUGGGAAGGGCUUACGCGUGAUCUUUUUAGUGCCUACCACCAACACUCGCAUGUCGAGUACUACGCCUUCAAGUACUUCGGCAUUCGCCCAGCAACCGUGGGCGGAUACGACGCGACGAGGGAAACCACUAAUCUGGUGACAGAUCAAAGAUGGCUGGACGAGGCAAAGGCUAUGGAUAUUAGGGGUAUGAUUAAGAAGGUUAUGGAAGUCAGUAAAGUUGCUGGCGCCUACUUCCCGGAUGAAGUACGAGUCAUGUAAAGUGCUCGGUAGAAGAGUAUAAUGGCAGAAUGGUUGCCACCUACACUCCUACACUCUUCGCUCCAUGAAGGUUGUUGCUCUUCGACGGGGAUGUACGCUAGGUUAGAAGAUUCAUUUCUUUGUUUCUAGUUAAAUACUCUUUGUGUCAAAAUAAACUCGUAGGAGUGGACGUGAUUUGAAAAUGUUUAUUCAACAAGAGGGGCUUCAAAGGGGGCGACAGAACAAAAAAGGGGUUUGAUUCCUUUGGCUAAUACAUAACUUAGGUGUAUUAAAUUGAGUCAUGUGACGCUCCACCUAUCUGCCCUUGUGGGUCACGUGAUAUACUGAUGCGUUAUGUGGGUACCUAGUACUUGUAGAACUUACCAAAUCCUUC